AUGGAAAUGCAGAGGCUCCAGGGAGCCCCGGCGAAUUGUUCUCAGCUCCUCAGCCAGCUGCCUACCGCCAGCGGCUUAUGGGCCACUGUCUAGCCCAGCUCUGCUAAGAUGCUCCUGGCCCCUCCCUCCACCUCUUCCAGAGGACGGACCCCCAGCGCCGUGGAGAGGCUGGAGGCCGACAAAGCCAAGUACGUUAAGACGCAUCAAGUGAUAGCACGGCGCCAGGAGCCAGCCCUGCGCGGGGCACCCGGGCCGCUCACCCCACACCCCUGCAAUGAGCUGGGGCCCCCUGCAUCGCCCAGGACGCCCAGACCUGCCCGCCGGGGCAGCGGCAGGAGGCUGCCACGACCUGACUCCCUCAUCUUCUACCGCCAGAAGCGAGACUGCAAGGCCUCGGUGAACAAAGAGAACGCCAAGGGCCAGGGACUGGUGAGACGUCUCUUUCUGGGAAGCCCCCGAGACGCCACCUCGAGCAGCCCGGGCCCAGCGGAGCGAUCCGCGCCUGCAGAUGCCCCGGAAGUGACCGGAAAGCGGGCGCUGUGCCCCACUUGCUCGCUGCCGCUGUCCGAGAAGGAGCGCUUCUUCAACUACUGCGGCCUUGAGAGUGCGCUGGUGGAGGUGCUGGGCGCUGAACGCUUCUCCCCGCAGAGCUGGGGCGCCGACGCCAGCCCUCAGCCCGAAACAUCGCCGCCGCCCGGCUGCGGGGACACCAGCGACUGGACUUCGAGCGAUAGUGGUGCAGACGGCCCAGACUGUACGGGCGGCGGCGGCGCAGAGGCAGCAGGCUCGGCGCCGGAUGGGCGCCCCUCGGUGUCGGUGGUGGAGCGCAACGCGCGCGUCAUCCAGUGGCUGUACGGCUGCCAGCGCGCCCGAGGCCCGCCGCGCGAGUCAGAAGUGUGA